GCCUUGGCUUGUAGAGCUGAGAGGAAUUUCGAAGGGAAUCAGAAUGCACUAAUCACGGAAAGUAUUUUGGGUACAACAUCUAUGGCUUUCCCUAUUUCCCCUGGCAUAGACAUUGAUGGUGCUUUAUCAGAGAAAGAUAAACUUUCUCCUGGAGAGUUGAAAGAGAAUUAUGCCAGUUCUUUUGGUCGUUUGUCCACAUCUUCUAGUGACUUGAGCAGUAAAUGGGGAGUUUUUUGGAAAGCUUGCAAAAUUGAUGGGCCUUGCAUGGUGGAUGAAGUUCAUCUCCGUAGAUUUGAUGGCCUAUUGGAAAACGGAGGCGUGCAUCGCUGCGUUGUUGCCAGCAUAACAGUAAAAGCUCCUGUUCGUGAAGUAUGGAAUGUGUUGACUGCUUAUGAGAGACUUCCCGAGUAAGUGUCAUUUUC